CCCAUCUCCCCGCCCCUCCCCCUCCCCUCUCGCGGCCGCUUUCUGUCAGCCUGUCUCCCUCUCCCUCUCCCCCUCUCUCCUUCCUCUCGUUUCCUCUCUCGCACCUGAGCACACGCACCUGCCCGGCCCGGCUCCGCUCCCUCCUCCCUCCUCCCCCUCCCUCCCUCCCUCCCCGCCCGGGCCGGAAGGCUCCGGCCCCGGCCGCGGGUGCCUCGCGGCUGCGUCACCGCGGCCCCCCCAGACAAGAUGGACACCGCCGAGGAAGACAUAUGUAGAGUGUGUCGGUCAGAAGGAACACCUGAGAAACCUCUUUAUCAUCCUUGUGUAUGUACCGGCAGUAUUAAGUUCAUCCAUCAAGAAUGCUUAGUUCAGUGGCUGAAACACAGUCGAAAAGAAUACUGUGAAUUAUGCAAGCACAGAUUUGCUUUCACACCAAUUUAUUCUCCAGAUAUGCCUUCACGGCUUCCAAUCCAAGACAUAUUUGCCGGACUGGUUACAAGUAUUGGCACUGCAAUACGAUACUGGUUUCAUUAUACACUUGUGGCCUUUGCAUGGUUGGGAGUUGUUCCUCUUACAGCAUGCCGUAUCUACAAGUGCUUGUUUACUGGCUCCGUGAGCUCACUACUGACACUGCCACUGGACAUGCUGUCCACGGACAAUUUAUUGGCAGAUUGUUUGCAGGGUUGUUUCGUGGUGACGUGCACGCUGUGUGCAUUCAUCAGCCUCGUGUGGUUGCGAGAGCAGAUCGUCCACGGGGGGGCACCGAUUUGGUUGGAGCAUGCUGCCCCACCCUUCAAUGCUGCUGGGCACCACCACAAUGAGGCUCCAGCGGGAGGCAAUGGUGCUGAAAAUGUGGCCCCUGACCAGCCUGCUAACCCGCCGGCCGAGAAUGCGGUGGUGGGAGAAAACCCUGAUGCCCAGGACGAUCAGGCAGAAGAAGAGGAGGAGGACAAUGAGGAGGAAGAGGACGCGGGCGGGGAAGAUGCAGCCGAUGCCAACAACGGGGCCCAGGAUGACAUGAACUGGAAUGCUUUAGAGUGGGACCGAGCUGCAGAAGAACUUACGUGGGAAAGAAUGCUAGGACUUGACGGAUCACUAGUUUUUCUAGAACAUGUCUUCUGGGUGGUGUCUUUAAACACACUCUUCAUUCUUGUUUUUGCAUUUUGCCCUUACCAUAUUGGUCAUUUCUCCCUUGUUGGUUUGGGAUUUGAAGAACACGUACAAGCAUCUCAUUUUGAAGGUCUAAUCACAACCAUAGUUGGGUAUAUACUUUUAGCAAUAACACUGAUAAUUUGUCAUGGCUUGGCAACUCUUGUUAAAUUUCAUAGGUCUCGUCGCUUGCUGGGAGUCUGCUAUAUCGUUGUUAAGGUCUCUUUGCUAGUGGUGGUAGAAAUUGGAGUGUUCCCUCUCAUUUGUGGCUGGUGGCUGGAUAUCUGUUCCCUGGAAAUGUUUGAUGCUACCUUGAAAGAUCGAGAACUGAGCUUUCAGUCAGCGCCAGGUACUACCAUGUUUCUGCACUGGCUGGUGGGGAUGGUGUACGUGUUCUACUUUGCCUCCUUCAUUCUGUUGCUAAGAGAGGUACUUCGACCUGGUGUCUUAUGGUUUCUAAGGAAUUUGAAUGAUCCAGAUUUUAAUCCAGUACAAGAAAUGAUCCAUUUGCCCAUUUAUAGGCAUCUCCGAAGAUUUAUUUUGUCAGUGAUUGUCUUUGGCUCCAUUGUUCUCCUGAUGCUUUGGCUUCCUAUACGUAUAAUUAAGAGUCUGCUGCCUAAUUUUCUUCCAUAUAAUGUCAUGCUCUAUAGUGAUGCUCCAGUGAGUGAACUGUCCCUUGAGCUGCUCCUGCUUCAGGUGGUCUUGCCGGCGUUACUUGAACAGGGACACACACGGCAGUGGCUGAAGGGGCUCGUGCGAGCGUGGACUGUAACUGCUGGGUACUUGCUGGAUCUGCAUUCCUAUUUAUUGGGAGACCAGGAAGAAAACGAGAACAGUGCAAACCAACAAGUUAACAAUAAUCAGCACGCUCGAAACAACAAUGCUAUUCCCGUGGUGGGGGAAGGCCUGCAUGCAGCCCACCAAGCCAUACUGCAGCAGGGGGGGCCUGUUGGCUUUCAGCCUUAUCGCCGGCCUUUAAAUUUUCCACUCAGGAUAUUUUUGUUGAUUGUCUUCAUGUGUAUAACCUUACUGAUUGCCAGCCUCAUCUGCCUUACUUUACCAGCCUUUCUGUUUUCAGUAUUUGCUGGCCGUUGGUUAAUGUCAUUUUGGACGGGGACUGCCAAAAUUCAUGAGCUCUACACAGCUGCUUGUGGUCUCUAUGUUUGCUGGCUAACCAUAAGGGCAGUGACGGUGCUGGUGGCCUGGAUGCCACAGGGACGCAGAGUGAUCUUCCAGAAGGUUAAAGAGUGGUCCCUCAUGAUCAUGAAGACUUUGAUAGUCGCUGUGCUGCUGGCCGGGGUUGUCCCACUCCUGCUGGGGCUCCUGUUUGAGCUGGUUAUUGUCGCUCCCCUGCGGGUUCCCUUGGAUCAGACUCCUCUUUUUUACCCAUGGCAGGACUGGGCACUUGGAGUCCUUCAUGCCAAAAUCAUCGCAGCUAUAACCCUGAUGGGCCCUCAGUGGUGGUUAAAGACAGUAAUUGAACAGGUUUAUGCAAAUGGCAUCCGGAACAUCGACCUUCACUAUAUCAUUCGUAAACUGGCAGCACCAGUGAUCUCUGUGCUCUUGCUUUCCCUGUGCGUACCUUACGUCAUCGCGUCUGGCGUCGUUCCUUUACUAGGUGUUACCGCAGAAAUGCAAAACUUGGUCCAUCGGCGAAUUUAUCCGUUUUUACUGAUGGUUGUGGUAUUGAUGGGGAUCUUGUCCUUCCAGGUCCGCCAGUUUAAGCGCCUUUAUGAACAUAUUAAAAAUGACAAAUACCUUGUGGGCCAACGCCUCGUGAAUUACGAACGGAAAUCUGGCAAACAAGGCACAUCUCCACCACCUGCACAGUCGUCCCAAGAAUAAAGUGGUUGUCUCAACUACCUUGACCUUCCCCUUGCCUUUACGUGUCCUUUUUUGUGGACUUCUCUCUGGGAGAUUUUUCCCAGUGAUCUCUCAGCAUUGUUUUUAAGUUAACUGUAUUUGACUUGUGUUCUCAGCAUUCGGAGAAGCAGUGUGCAGGGCCCUGCCGCCCUUCCUGCAUCUUCCACCAUCGUUGCUGUCUGAGGUCUGUACAUGUGUAAAUAGAAGUUCCUGGAUACCCUAAAACCGUGGAUUAAACAGAAUGUGCAUUGUACAUCUUUAAACAAAAUGUAUAUUAAUUUAUUAAAUCUAGUUGUCACUUUAUUUUGGACCUGCUGUGAUCUUGACAGGAAUCGUGCCACAGAGCCAUAGUGCAGAGGCAAAACUUUUUCACGACGUCCUUUGGAGCGCGGUAUCCCGGUGUUCCUAGCAGUUCUUAUUAAGUAAACUGUGCAUUCUGUCUUUCUUGGCUGUUCAGACCUUACCAAGAACUUGAAAGGAAACAAGUAGAAAUCAGCAGUGGAGUGUCUGUGGUAAGAGAACAUGGACUUUGUGCUUCACUGUCGAUCGUUUUUGGAAGUUAUUUUGUAUAACACCAAAGCUGUUGUACAUUUUCUACUGCCUGAUUUUUUUUCAUGUGUCUGUGUUUAUAAUAUUGUAUAGUAUCUUGUGCUAGGUGAGGAAAUUAUUUUUAAUUUUGAUAAUUUAAUAUUCCUAGUGAUCAGCAUUAGGGGUUGGGCUUUUGUGCUUGUUCGGGGCAUGUCUAUACUUAGAGAAGAAAAAAAGUCCACAAGAACAUUUUCCUUAGUUCUCUCCAGCCCCCCUUUUCCACACACAGCUGUCGUUUUUUUUUCUCUUUGGCAGCAGUAGCCAAAAGUCAUGCCGGAUCGCAAGUCUUCUAGAAUACCGUCAACAACAGUACCGCAUCAUACUGGAAUUAGGACACACUGAGGUGUUAGCUAAAUGCACACGUCGUUUGUGGUCUUAGAUCGGCAGCACCAGGGAAGGCAGCCUAGAACACCUGGUCCUGCUGCUUGGGGCACCCCGUUGGGUCAGGAUUAGGGAGUCUGUUUCUCCUAGUUUUCCAUGAGUAAAUCCCAAAGUUUCCAGAGCUUUUUGUUUACAGAAGAAAACUACAAAUGAAACCAGUUUGAUUUUACUCGUCCUGAAGGAAGCUGGCUCGAGCUGGCCUUUUUAACAUAGGAGUGAAGAAGGUGUUUCAUUGGAAAUGUGCUGUAAAAUCUCAGAAUACUGAACACUUACAGAUCUGGUUUUCCCUGAGAACCAAAGCUUCAAGAAUGAAGUAUUUAGAGCAAUACAACAGUUGGGCACACGAUCCCAGUAUUUAAUGGUAAUGGUAUAUUGUAAGGGUGGUGUUUGUGUUUUGAAUGUUGUCAGAGAAAAUGGGCAGCAGAGGUCUUCAGGAACUCUUAAAGAGUUUCCAUAUAGUAUUAAAAUCUGUAGACUUAAAUCUGAAGAUUCUUUAAAUAUGAAAGUCAGCCAAACGUAAGCUACCACAAAAGCAGACAUAGUCUGGUUGUUUUACAUUUCAACAGUUUUUCCUGAAGUGGUAAUUACUUUACCUUAAAAUAUAGUGUAAAACCUCAGUAUCAAAAAAAAAAAAAAAAAAAAAAGCUUGACAUGGGGUUCAGUGUGAACACCCUCUGGCACUUUGUAGCAGUCCUUUCCCUUGUAUUUGAAAUAAGGUCUUUGCUAGCCCUGCAUUUAUGUGGAAAUGGAAUCCUACUUUAAAAAAUUAGGAGCAUUUUAAAAUGUACUGCCACCUAUCGUGGUAUGUGUCUAUAUAAAUUGUUCUCUUUGGGAGAAAAAUAUUAUCAAUUGGGCAUAGAACUUGAUUAUAUUAAUUUAACUUUCUUUUUAAAAUUUUCAGAGAAUUUAUAGAUCUUGAUAUAAAGUCAUUGAACACAUUUAUCCAUUUUAUCGGAAAGAGAGCUAGGCAGAUACCACAAAAAAUUAAAAAUUGUUAUUCUACAAAAUUUUAAAUGAAUCUUAUCAGAUAUUUUGUAAAAAAAAACAAAAACAAAAGAAAAACAUACAUAUAUAUGAACAUAUACGAAUGGUGAGAAUCUUGCCCUCCAUUUCACCGGCAGAUACUUUAUCUUGUUGUAUCUAAGGAUUUCCUCUUGGUUUUCGGUUGUGCUCUGUCCUGUUUUUAAUAAGAUGAAAACUUUCAUAAGGAAAGCGUUUGCUGACAUAACACUUACAUGGGCAGCACCAGAAUUUUAUUAUUAAUCAAUAGUCUCAUGAACAUUUGAAACCUCUGGUUCAGAACGAAAGUUCUAGUAUUGCUGCCCUUCAUGUAGAAUUUAAAAAAAAAAAAAAGUGUAGUUUUGCUUCAUUUUACAUUGGGCUAAAACCGUCUUCAAGGAAAUUAAUUACAAAAGAAGACCAUUUUGCUUUAUUUUUAGUUGUUUAUAAAUGGAAGACAAAUCAGCAUUUGGGAGUAAGUUUCACAUGACCAGUUAUCAAAUGGUCAUAUUAUGAGGUGUGCAUUUGUCAUUAUUAGCAAAUUAUGUUUGAGUUUUAAACUGUUGAAGCUAAUAGUUGAGAUGAAAACAAGAAAAAUAUCAAUGUGAGGUUUAUGUAUAGCUAGCCUUAAAAAAGUUCCAUGUUUUUAGGUGAUUUUUUCCUGUUAGUUCUCUGGAGAAACCGUGGAAAUUGGACAUCUCAAUUCCGGAUGUAAACAAAAAGUAAUUUUUAUUUCAACAUUUAAUAUAGCUGUUAUUACUGUGGAUCCUUGUGUCUUUUCUUUCCCUUAUUCAAGUAACAGAGAAUAACUUUUUCUUAAAUGAUUUGGUCUUAGAGAUGUCAUUUCUGUAUUGGCAAAUGCUAUUAUUAAAGUGUAAUUCUUGAAUUUAGGUUGAAUUCAUGACUUUUUAAAACGAAGAAGCACUGGACAUUUCUCCACUGUAUUGUGUUUACCCCCCCGACACACACACACACACACACACACACACACACACACACACGAGAAUGUAGUGCCGGUCUAAGAACACUGGCAGUUUUGUCAACUUCGCAAGUUAGCUACUCAUUCUCACUUUCAGGACUAUUUUAAGCUCUCUACUUACUGUGAUAAGUUUUAUACUUGUAAAAUUUUAAAGUGAUUAUGUUCAAAAUAACUCCUUUAGAAUGUUACCUACUCGGUUGCCAUCAAGAAAAGACAAAAUGUCGUGCCACUAAAGUAUUAACAAAAACCUUGUGUGUGGAGAUUGUAACCCCCUUGGUUGGGCUGUCUUACAUCUCAUUUGUCCCUUGGGCACAUAUUUUCUCUUCACCCUGUUACUGCCCUGUGUCAUUUUUUAAAAGCAGCCAUCAUGAGAAAGGGUUUCUUUCACGUAAUCGCCAACAGUAUGCUUGUUACUAAUACAGUAUUAAAGGUGUAAGACAGUAUAUACCCAAUUUCAUUCCCAAUGAUUUUGUAUGAGUGCCUCGUUUUGUGUCAGCAGAGUAAUAUACAAUACCUUAACUGGAAAUGUAAUGACUGUAAGGCCUGGAACUGACUUGUAGAUGGUACGUAGAGCACUUAGUUAUUUAGGACGUCAAUUUUCUAUUGAAGCAAACACCUUAGACACCCAGACCAAUUUUAUGUAUAUAUAUUCUAAAAUGCUCCCUUUUUUAUGUGGUUGGUUGUUGCCUUCUAAGUCAAGAGAACAAAAUUGAAUAAAGCGAAUGUUAGCUGUA